AUGCCUUCGAGAGAGAAAGUAACGGUUGAUUUGGCGGCGAGGGUGGUCGGGAAUUGGAAGGAGACCUACGUAUGGAUUCCCAUACUGGGGGCUUUCGCCGUCGUCGCCCUCGCUUUCUCCACCGGCGCCAACAACAUCCCAGCUCCGCUUUCUACGGUGGUGGGAUCGGGAGCGCUGCCUCUUUUCAAGGCGACCAUCGCCGCUUUCUUUAUCUAUCUCCCUGGAGCCGCCUUGUCUGGCAGCAACCCAAUUAACUCUCUGUUUUCCCAACAAUUUGUGCAAGACAAUCAGCCAAACGAGGCCUUCUUGAUGUGGAGCAUGACAGUCGUCCUCAUCACAGCAGCAAUAUGGAUGGCGAUGGCGACGUACUUCGAGCUGCCAGUGUCGUCGCAGCAAUCGAUGCAGGAUGCUCUGUUCGGAACCAUUAUCGGGGUGCAGGGCUUUCGAUACAUACCUAUAUGGCACAAGAACGAAUACCACAGGUUCAAUGUUGUGGGAAUGGCGUGGAUGAUUGUGCAAUGGACCGUCGCCCCUGUCGUCGCCUGCGUUUGUGCCUUCUGCCUCUUUACCCUGUUGAAGAAAUUGGUGCUUAGACAUGAGAAAGGAGACGAGAGGAUUUUGGUUUUCCUCCCAAUUGGGUAUGGAAUUGCUGCAGGAUUGCUCUGCCAAUUCGCCGUCUUUGAGGUACUCAGAGACCAUCUUCUGCUCAACAAAUGGGUCGCCAUAGGUGUUGUAGCCCUUGCCACACUCAUAGGAGUUCUAUUGUCACUUGUAUUGGCGGUACCUUUGGCUAGAAGAAGGUUGCAGAUAAUCAAGGACACUCGUGGUGAAUUCGACGUAAAAGACACGACGUUGAAUCUCAAUGAACUUCAUAAAAUUGAAAUCCACAACCUACCGACAUCAAGAGAAGCAGGUGAAGCGAAAGAGGACGACGAGAAGCAAGAAGUGGAUGUGGAAGACAUGUUAAAGGACUUCAUGCAGAUGAGGACUCUUGAGACUGUGUACGAGGAGGAAGAACGAAGCAUUGCUUUCUCCGUCGAUUCGACCCAACAAGACAACGACAACCCAAGCCAGCAAUCCGCACUCAUCACUUCCUUCAAACAAUUGUUGGAAUGCAAGUCCGAGCAGUUCGAACGCAAGACGAGUUUUCAAAUCAUAAAAGAGACGGCGUUGAAUAACAGUGGGUGGAGGCUGAUUAAGGAGAGCGCCAAAUCCGUCAUCUGCCCGGCAGUGGAGUACGACAGGCCGACGCUGAUUCGACAUGCAUUGGCGGAGAAGUACGACGAGCUGGAAGACUUGUUCUGGCUACUCCACCUUGUUGCUUCAUGUAUCUUCGCGCUGAUCCAAUCGUCGACGGAGAUCGGGGCGCUCGCCGGUCCAUACGGGGCCAUCAUUGACGUGGGGAUGGCGAAUAACAUGACGUGGUGGUGCAGAGUGAUGGGAGGGUUGGUGGCGUCGAUGGGGUUCUUCUUCUGCGGGUGGCGGCUGACGCAAGUGCUGGGGCUGAAAGUGACCUACAUGAGCAACGCCAGAGGGAUGACGACGCAGCUGUCGGCGGCGGCGGCGGUGCUCAUCGUGACGAGGCUCAGUUUGCCGGCGUCCUGCGUGCACGCAUUCGUGGGGUCGUCGGUGGGAGUAGGGAUCGCCGACAAUCGCCGGAAUGUGAACUGGAGACUUGUGGGGAAGUUGGUGGGAGGAUGGGCGCUGACGACGCUGUUCUGCAGUGGGUUGGGGUAUGUGAUCUUCUCUGCUUCAAUUCACUCGCCAAGCUACGUUGUGCCAGAAACGAUCAUCAUUAAUUGA